AUGGAAGUCAAUUUGGGCUGCGGGCCCUCGAUGGCUGCUGUUCGCGGCAUCUUCGUGAGACCCCCAGUCUACCCACGGCGGUCUUUCCUGACUGCAGCUUAUCGACGCAGAAGCCCCUCAACCUCGCAGCUUUGUGCUUCGUGGGCUGAUGCAGCAGCAGCAGCUGCUGCUGCUGCUGCAGCAGCUGAAACAGCAGCAGCAGCUGCAGCAGCAGCGGCUGCGAGUAGGCAGGGCCGCCUUCGCCUUGCCUGCCAGCCUUCCUACCAAUCUUCCUGUGUUUCCCUCAGUCCCCUGCACCACUUCCGCUCCCGCGCAUUUGCUUCCAGCAGCAGCAGCAGCAGCAGCAGCAGCAACAGCAGCAGCGAGGGCAGCAGCAACACAGCGAGCGGCACCGCCGACACACCGCGCCCUCCCGGCAGGGCCUGCGCCAAGACCUCUGGCUGCAAGUCCUGUCCGCUCCCGUGCAGCAGCAGCAGCGGCAGAAGCCGCAGCAGCAGAAGCAGCAGCAGCAGCAGCAGCAGGAAGCACGAAGACAACGUGCACCGCGGGUACUUGUUUGACCGGAUUGGGGACUCUCCGCGGUCAGACAUCCAGCGGCUUGCUGCUCUGGAUUCGCUGACUCUGUGCACGCUGAAGACAGUGCAGCUUCCUGCUGCUGUGCUGCAGAAGCUGCUGCUGCUGCUGCAGCACGUGGGGCGCAAGAAGGACUUGGAGAAGACAGGCCGGCUGCUGGCGCAGAAGACAGCAGCAAGAACUUCGGUGGAGCUUCCGCGGGUGCAGCCUUCGCUGCUGCUGCCGGAGGUGCAGCGGGUGGCGGCGGAGGCAGCAGCGCGGCAGCAGCGGCAGCAGCAGCAGCAGCAGCUGCUGCAGCAGCUGCAGCAGCAGCCGGAGGGCGCGGCUGCGGCGGAGCUGGCUGCUGCUGCGGCGCGCGCAGCAGCAGCAGACGGCGGCGCUGCAGCAAGCUGGCGAGCGCCGCAGUCCGCGAGGCAGCUGCUGCUGCAGGGCCGCGACACGAAAGUGCUGCGGGCGCUGCCUGCUGCUGCUGCUGCGCUGCUGCAGCAGCUGCCCUGCGAGGGCCGCGAGGCCCAGGAAGCCCUUGCUGCUGCUGAAGACGCGCGGCACCGGCUCUACCGCCAGGUGACCACUGGUCACUCUCCGCUCUCUGCUGCUGCCUGGACGGCCCACCGCUUUGCUGCAGUUUAUGCCCCGCUGCUGCGCAUUUUGCUGGAGCUCAAGAGCCGCUGCCCGGACUUCAAACCCCACAGAGUGCUGCAGCUGCAUGCAGGGUUUGCUGCAGGUCUUUUGGCGGUGCAUGCGGUGUACGGACAGCUGCUGCAUGCAGACCCUGCUGCAGUUCCCCGCAAGCACGGCAAGGGCCCCGACCCCGCCCUCGCAGCAGCAGCAGCAGCAGCAGCAGCGGAGGAGCCCCCCCCCCCAGCAGCAGCAGCAGCAGCAGCAGCAGCAGCAGCAGCAACGCCCUUUGAGUUCAUGCUGGCUGUGGAGCCUUCCGAACACUUGGCCAACAUUGGCCGCUACUUGACUGCCGACUUGUCGCCCCCAGUGGUGUGGCAAAUGGCCCUCUACGACGAGGGGCUGCGCCGCCGCCCGCAGCAGCAGCAGCAGCAGCAGCAGCAGCAGCAGCAGCAGCAGCAGCAGCAGGAGGACGACCGCUUCGACCUGGUGCUGCUGCCGCACGUGCUGCUGCGCUCCGUGGAGGGGCAGCCCAGCCGCGAAAGUUUGCUGCGCUCGCUGUGGGGCCGCCUGCGGCCCGGCGGAGUGCUGCUGCUGCUGGAGCGGGGGACAGUCUCUGGGGCGCGGGUGGUGGGCAGUGCCCGCGAGCUCUUCAUCAGCGAGCUCGGCAGCAGCAGCAGCAGCAGCAGCAGCAGCAGCAGCAGCGGCAGCAGCAGCAGCAGCAGCAGCAGCGGCAGCAGCAGCAGCAGCAGCGGGAGCAGCAGCAGCAGCAGCAGCAGCAGCAGCAGCAGCAGCAGCAGCAGCAGCAGCUUUUACUUUGUGAGCCCGUGCCCGCACGAGGGGCCGUGCCCGCUGAGCAGCACGGGGCGGGACUGGUGCCACUUCGGGCAGCAGCUGCAGCGGCUGCCGCAUGCAGUUUACAGCAAAGGGCGCAGCAGCAAAAGUGUGGAGACGGAGAAGUUCAGCUACUUGGUGGUGCGGAAGGGUGUGGGGCCCCGCAGCAAGUUCGGGUCUGCUGCUGCUGCUGCAGCAGCAGGGGCCCCCCCCGAGGCCCUGUCUUUCUUCUGGCCGCGGCUGGUGGGGCCCCCCCUCCGCGGCAGCAGCCACGUGCUGCUGGACUGCUGCAGCAAACCCCACACUUUCCAAAGAGUUGCUGUUUCCAAACGGAUGCAACAUGCAGCAGGAUACAAAAGGGCUCGUGCUGCAGCAUGGGGGGACCUGUGGAGACACCCCAGCCGCGUGGUGCGCCCCGAGGCCCGGCUGUACGUACACCCCGAGGUCCGCGAGGCAGCGGACCGCCGCCUCCGCAGACAAGCAGCAGCAGCAGCAGCAGCAGCAGCAGCACCAGCAGCAGCAGCAGCAGCAGCAGCAGCAGCAGCAGCGGAGGGCUGCGGGGGAGAACGGGGGGAAAGUUCUUCUAAAAAAAAUCCCAAGGCCCAACUCGACUCCCGCGCUGCUGCUGCCCUCACUGACACCCUCAGCAGGUACUGCGGCCACUAG